UUCUUUGUUUCUUAUCAGAGAAAGAAAAGUAAAGAAUUACUGUCGCCUUGCUGUCUACUACAUUUUACAAUACAAUUUGAUACUUUUUACAAAACUCUUGGUCUUUUACUCUUUGGUCGCAAGCCACCAGUCUUAAGCUGAAGCAGGGAAAGUGUUUUUGCUAGGAAAAUAGACUCUACGGACGUUUCGCCUGACUUACCAUUUCAAAUUGACACUUGUCAUGGAGGACAAUAAUCCUGAUCCGCACUUCAAUCUCAAAAGUAUUGAAGAAAGAUUGGAUCGUAUUGAAAAAGAAACAAGGCCGAAAAAAAUAGAAGGUAAUAUAAUUUUUAGACUCCUGUCGAUUUUUAAAAACAACAAAGAAAUGAAUGAUGAAGAUUUUAAGUCUGUUGCCGAAGACUUAUCAUACGUUUUAAUUCAAAAAAAUGGACUUUUGAAAUUUAUCCAAGCCACCCGAGUCGGCAGCUCAUCAGAAAUUGCAACAACUUUGCACCAACGUUUUCGUGGGUUAAGCUAUAUAAUUACUAACAUUCCUGCUAUUUAUUGUGAUCCAGAUGAUUUUUAUGGAAGUCUGUGUAAGCAAGUUAUUUUGAUAUUAUCAAAAGGUGAUGCUGACAAACAAACAUGGAAAUUAGCAACUUACAUAUUUAUCGCCCUUUAUGAGAAAAACCAAUCAUUUGGUAAAGCCAAACUCAUAAAACCCCUAACGGAUGCAAUUUGUUGUAAAGAAAGCUAUUUAACGCUGACCCAAAGCAUUAUUUGUAUCCAUCGGCUUAUCCUGAGCGAUUUUGAUAAAAAUCAAUUCAUUCCUGUUUUCCCAAACAUAUUAGCUAUCUAUACAACUUUAUGUGAAAUCGUGUCUCCGAUUAAAAGUGCCGCUAAAGAAAUUGCCAUCGAUAUCCUUAAAUAUGUGGAUCAUUCUAAAUACAUAUUGGAUGCCUCUUUAUACAAUCUACAAAUUUCAAGUAAUUUAUAUUCAACUGGAUUGAUAAAGUACGAAAACGAAGAAAUGCUAACUGUUAUUCCUAACAGCAACUUAAAUGAUGUAUCUAUGGAUGAUGACAUAGUUAUAGAUAAAAUAGUUACUGCAAUAUCAUUCAUUCUCGAUGAGUUGGGUGUUGAAUUUAAAUUUGACUUUUUUUUGAUUUUGUAUGAGAAAGGGUAUCUCCCGUAUUUCAAUACCUGUGUUUGCGCUUCAUUGGCGGCGCCAAUGCAAGAGCAAAUAUCAAGCUUCAUGAUAAAUCAAGUCAUUCAAUAUCUCACCAGCAAUCUUCGAAGGGUCACUUCGGAUAGCAAUGAUUCAAUUCAAUCUAUGAUGGAAACGAAGAAUAUGCAAGAAGAGAUACAAUUUAUGAAAGAGACUAAAAUAAUGGAUAUGGAAAACUCGUGGAUGUUGGUUCAACUUGUUUCGAUUCGCAUCGAUGUAAAAGAUAAGUUUCAGUUAACCGGCGAAGAAUUAUUAUUACUCAAAAUUUGCAAAGUUUAUUUGACAAAAGUGGUUACUUCUGAACUCUUAUCGAAUUCGCAGCGAUUGGACAUUCAAAGACUGAUCGGUGAAAUCAAUCAUCUACAUGAAACUACAAAACACUCAAAAAUUGACAACGAGGAUAAAUUCGCAGAAGCUGUAAACCGCCUCAAGAGUGAGUUUAUGCCACAAAGAGCCCAUGGUUUAGUAAUUCUUCGUAAUUUAAUUGAUGCACAGCAUCAAAGUAAAAUUUAUCACAAGUCUGAGCUGUUUACUCUCAUCAAAGCGUGUCUAAGUGAUCCAGAUUCUUACGUUUAUCUUGCCGCCGUUAACGCUCUAGCAUCUUUAGCAUUGGCACACACAGAGAGCUGUCUUCCUACUCUGGUUGAGGCUUAUCAUGACAGGGACAGAUCACUUAGAGAUAGGUUUUCAGCUGGUGAAUCUCUGGUCUGGGUCUGUAAAUACUUAGGUCAAUUAGCUCAUCAUUACCAUCGUCUAGUAGUAGACUGUUUUCUUACUGGAUUAAAAGAUGAAAACGAGUCCAUCAGGGUUUCAAGUCUUUCCAAUUUGGGUCAAUUUUGGUCUUUUCUGAAAAACGCUCUCAGUUAUUGCAUUAUCGAGAUAGUCUGUGUUGUUGAAUGUCUCCUCAAAACGGAUUCCAGUUUAGAUGUUAAAAGAGCUUGUCUUAUGUUUGUGUAUAUCAUGUUGAAUGGUAUUGAUAACCCCGAGGUUAUUCUUGAUCACCUCAAACAGAUCUAUCAUAUUAUUAAAGCAAUCGACUACAAAAGUCUUGGUGAUGAAAUCAUUCGAGUUCGCGCACAUCAGGUUUUAGAAGCCAUUGAUAAUUUAAUGAAAAAAUUAAUUACUGACACUAUCAGUCUGAAAGUAUCUGAUAUUCACCUGUAAUUACGUAAUACUUCUUGAUAUUUCAUAAUAAAUAUGAAUUUUCUAAAAGUAAACAAAUUUGAAUACAAAUUCA